CAUUACAUUCACAACAAUCAUCAACAUCGAGAAAUUAUCAUCGGAAAAACACACCAAAUUAUUAUGAAUAUCGAAAUACGUUGAAAAAAUAUAGUUCAUGUUCAACAAUUUUUAUUGAUGAUAGUACGGUUAGCCAUCCGAAUCUAAAGAAUAUGAUUAAAUGUGUUUCGAUGGCUAUCUAUUAUCAUAUACAUAAUCGUUCAUCUGAAGUUGUUCUCGAUAUAUUUGAUGAGAAAAUCUAUCCAUUAGAGAAUCUAUCAAACAAUAGCAAUAUACCGGUUGAACCUGAUUUUCGUACGAUAUAUCGUUUUAUACGUACAUUAUUUAAUGCAGCUCAAUUAUCAUCUGAAUGUGCCAUUAUAACACUUGUUUAUCUGGAACGAUUACUUACAUAUGCUGAAAUUGAUAUUGUACCAUGUACAUGGCGUCGUAUUGUUUUAGGUGCAAUAUUACUUGCAUCAAAAGUAUGGGAUGAUCAAGCUGUAUGGAAUGUAGAUUAUUGUCAAAUACUUCGUGAUAGUUCUAUUGAUGAUAUGAAUGAAUUGGAACGUCGAUUUCUUGAAAUGAUACAAUUCAACAUAAAUGUUCCAUCAAGUGUUUAUGCAAAAUAUUAUUUUGAAUUACGUGAAUUAGCGGAAAAAAACGAUCUCCUUUCAAAUCCAGCUACACAAUUAGCUGAACAAUUAACUGAACAACGUGCAUUUAAAUUGGAAGCAUUAUCAAGGCUAUCGGCUGUUGAUAAUCAACAUUCACAAUUUAUAAAUCUAAGAAAAGAUUUACGAAAAUGGUCAAGUCAAAACAGUGUAACAUUGUUUCAAAGGAAAAGUUUAGCUAUUAUUUCCUGAUGAAAAAAAUCAUAUCCAAAAAAAACAAAUAAUGACAAACUGACCAAUCAACCAACUACUAAUUAUUCAUUAUUCAUUAUUAUGCCCCUGUCAAUUUGCCAAGUCAUACUUCACUGCAUUGCAUUUUUUUUAUAUUAUCAUCAUUCAGUCAUCAUUUAUACACACAUCACACAUACUGCUAAUGCAAAUAUAUAACUUAUAAGAAGAAAAAAAAAGUAUUUCUAUAAUUAAUGAAAACUUAACACUUUAAAAAAAAACUGAAAUACAAUCUAGUAAUCUUGAUGAA